AUGCUUAUUACCAAUAAGGGCUUUCUUAAACGAGGGUUUGAACCAAAACAUAACUCUCAUAUGAACAAUAUACACCAAAGGAUGCUGGGACGAUUGAAGGAUCAGUUUAAUUUGACAUUAGUUCAAGGGCAAGAAGAAGCCAAAAAUCGACGGCGACAACUUCAGGAGAUUCAUCAGCAGCAUAUUGGGUCAACGGAAAACUCUUCUGGACAUUAUGGUACAGAGGAUCUAGUUAUCCUCCAGAGUGAAUUAGCAGACCUUCGACUCACAAUUGAUAGGUUUCAAACAGUUCUACAGGAAAAGACCCCAUUGUCUAGCAUUUCUGAUAUAGAAGGAUUCCUAGAGUUUCUAGAUAAUUUGGAACACCGAUAUGAAAUUUCGAUUCGCGAAGUUAAGAGACUAUCUAAUGAGCUUCAGGAAGCAGAUACCUUGUUGAAGACAUCUAGGCAAGAAUUUGAAGAGAAGUUCAAGUGCUUAAAAGAAAAGUUUUCUUCUGAAAUAGCUCGUUUAUCAUCAUCUGAGAGCAAAAAUCAAUCCGAUGAUAAAGCGGUAUCUUUAUCGAAAGUAGAGGAUUACUUUUCUCUUUUACCUCAGAGCUCUACACCAAAAGAAGGAAGUGUUCCUCCUGAAACUACUAUAACAACGAAUAGAUCUUCCGCAAAGAAAAAGAAACGAAAAAUCAAAAAGAAUCAAAAGGAAAGACAUGCUGAUGAGAACCCAGGACUAGUACAGGAAAAUUUAAAUUUUUCCCAGUCCAUCACCGGAAAUGCUUCCCCUGAAGAACAAGAAAAUGUGCAGAAUAAUAGGCUGUCUUCCGUUGAAGCUUACCUUCAAUUAUCCAAUAUUUCAAUUCCUUCUACACCUUCACCCACAUUGACGAAAGCAGAAGACGUCUUUUUACAGCUACCGUCUAUACCUUUCAAAAAAGAUGAAGCCUUACCAACAAUCGUAGAGUCACUUCGGAAGGAGCUGGAAGCAGCUGAGAAAAAGCUCAAAACAGAAUCAGCGAAUUUUCAUAAUAAAGAAGAGACCCAUAGGAAUAAUAUUUUUGUGCUGAAUUCUUCUAUUGAAUCUUUACAGAAAGAAGUUGAAGAAUGUCGCAAAAAUCUUCUCUGGGCCGAGACUUCUUGUGAUUCUUUGCGCGAAGAAAAACAACAGCUUUUAGAAAGGCUUUCCAACAAUGAUGAUCUAACAAAUAAGCUUCUCCAGUCACGUUCAGAAGCCCAAAAGAACCUGAAGUUAUCUCAAGAAAAACUGGUUCAUACAUCCAAACAACUUGAAAUAGCGCAUGGAAAGGAAAAGAGCAUAUUGAGGGAAGUAGAUGUAUUGCAAAAAGACAACGAAGAAAAAAUGAAUGUGAUCAGUGAACUGAAUAAAAAACUCGUCUUUCUUACGGAGCAAUCGAAUGAAUAUUCUAGACAAAUUCACGAAAACAAGGAGGCAACCCAGACCAAGCAAGAGGAGUUUGAAGAAGUUUAUAAGCUUCUACUUGAUCAAACUAGGGAUUGUCAAAAGUUAAGGGGUCUUGUGGAACAACUAGAAAUUGAUCGAGGUAAUUCUCAAAAUGCUGCAGAGUUGCGCAUCCAUCAGUUGACUGAAGAGUACAACAUAGCUUUGCAAGAAAAAAAUUCAGUUUUAUCUGAACUUGAAGCCAAAUACCAAGUUACCAUGUCUGAGCUUGAGCGCUUAAAACUGAAAGACGCAGAGCUUACACAACAAAACCAAGUACUUUCGGAUGGUAUUCAAAAGAUAAAACUUGAUAAAAGCAACCCGGGAAACGGUCAGCACUUGCAGAUGGAAGGGACGUUAAGGACCUUGGAAGCAGAAAACAAGAGUUUGGCUGCCGCCCUGGAUGAAUCAACUGCUCGUUACGAACACUUACAAAAGUCUUUCAAGGUAAUGUUUGGUCAGCAUCGCAGGAAACAAAGUCAAGGUAAUUUAUCUGAUCGUAGUUCAAGCAUUUCUCUUUCUCGAGCUAGCGUUGACCAACAAAACAGCAAUACAUUGGUCGACAAAGAAUAUACCCGUAACAUUCUUUUUCAGUUCCUUGAGCAACGUGAAAGGAGAACAGAAAUUGUGAAUUUACUUUCUAUAUUGCUCGAAUUAUCUGAUGAGCAAAAGGAGAAGCUUUUAUCUAUCAAAUACUGA